CUCUCUCACACACACACACUACAUCCAAACACCCUUUCCACUUUCUCUCUCUAAAACUGAGACACUGAUACAAAGAGAUAUAGAUCAGACAUGGGAAAGCCACAAAAACCACCAAGUGGCCGCACAAACCUAGCUUCAUGCAUUGUGGCAACAAUCUUCUUGAUAUUUGUGGUUAUUGUAAUUCUGAUCGUCUACUUCGCUGUAUUUAAACCCAAAAACCCCGAGAUCACCGUUAGCGCCAUCCAGCUUCCCACGUUCUCCAUCGCUAACGGUACCGUCAGCUUCACGUUCUCUCAGUACGGCUCCGUUAAGAACCCCAACAAAGCCGUGUUCACACACUACGACAGCUCACUGCAGUUACUCUACGCCGGCAAUCAAGUGGGCUUCAUGUUUAUCCCGGCCGGCAAGAUCGAUUCGGGUCGGACCCAGUACAUGGCUGCCACGUUCUCAGUUCAGUCUUUCCCGUUAUCGGCAGCCCAGCCGGAGAAUGUGGGCCCUACGAUUACCGAUGGGCUUAGUGGGUUUCGAGUCGGGCCCACAAUGGAGAUCGAGUCCAGGACGCAGAUGGCGGGUCGGGUAAGAGUGUUGCAUUUCUUCACGCAUCACGUGGAAGCUAGAGCUGAUUGUAGAGUGGCCAUUGCUGUAAGUGAUGGAUCUGUGUUAGGCUUUCACUGCUAGUCUUUUUUUUUUUUUUUUUUUUU